GCACACCUCACCUCGGUCCAAGGCGGGCGCUUUUUCGGCAUCCCAUUCCGGGAAUUUUCUUCUUUUUUCCUCUUUUGGUUUUAUAUUUCUGCAUCUCCAUGCAUGUCGCCAUUGAUGCACACUGUUGAUAGACGAGCACAUCAUCACUGUCGUCCUAAUUUUUACUUGUCAUUACUUUACUUAUCAGACCGCAAGUCUUGAUCGCGAACGAAUACAUAUCUACCUACCUACUACACAGCUGUACCUCGGGAGAUUGAUGAGUUUUCAUCAUCAGCACCGUUGCGGACAAUAAAGACAACACCAAAUUAAGUAAUUAAAAGAAAGGUUACUCAAGACAUCCAUGGCGCCUCAAACAGAAAUCCCAGUUGCCGCCAAUGUACUUGGGACGAUAGGAACUGUCUUCUGGUGUGUCCAGCUCAUCCCACAAAUAUGGACCAACUACCGCACCAAAAGCACAACCGGCCUCCCGGGAACCAUGAUGUUCCUCUGGGCGCUGUGCGGCGUUCCGUUCGGGGUGUACGCGAUAGCCCAGAACUUUAAUGUACCCAUCCAGGUGCAGCCACAGGCAUUCAUGACGCUUUGUUUAGUUGGUUGGGCGCAGAUUUUGAUAUAUGGAUCAAAAUGGCCAACCUGGAAAGCUACUCUCCUAGCCUUGAUUGUAGCUUGCGUGUUUGCCGGUGUUGAGGCUGCCCUGAUCUUGACACUACGGCCCCUUUACGAAGAAGGCAACGAAACCCCCGUCCGAGUUAUCGGCAUCAUAGCCGCCAUCCUCCUCGCCGCCGGCCUCCUGCCUCCCUACGGAGAAAUGUACAAGCGGCACGGUCGAGUCGUCGGCAUCAACUGGAUCUUUCUGUCGAUGGACUGGUCAGGAGCCUUCUUCUCCCUCAUGGCCGUAGUGACGCAAAAUACGUUUGACGUCCUGGGUGGUGUGCUCUACAUCAUUUGCGCCUUCCUCGAGCUAGGCAUCUUUGCGUCGCACUUGAUUUGGCUGGUGAGGACGAGAAGCAUAAGGAAGCAACUCAAAAAGGACGGCAAGACUUUUGACGAUUUGUUGGGCGAGUAUGAGAAGCGGGGAGAGAGUUGGAAGUGGGCAGAGAGGGAUUUGGAUUUGGGGAGGUUGAAGUUUUGGGCGAGGAAGGACAAGAAGAGGGAAGAGGAGGAGGGUGAAGUGGAGAUUGAGCAAAGGGACUUGGAAAAGCAGGAUGUCAGUAAUUCUGCUGCUGAUGCUGUGGAACAGCAACGUGAUGGGGCUUUGGACAGUAAGAUGGCGAUGGCUGAGGCACAAAAUCAAAACGGGAACGCGGAGGAUACAGAUGCAAGUACGCCUACCAUGGUGGAUGGGGAGAACAGGGCGGUAGACAGGGCCUGAAGGGGACGGCGUGAUGGAUGGAUGCCUGAUGAGGAUAUACAGAAACGAAGCUGGAUGUUGAGGAACAACAAAAGAGAACUGGAAUAGUUGGUUUUGGUUUCGGGUUUGGAUAUGAUACCAUGGCUGGAACUUCGCUACGGGAUACGAAGGCUGUGCGAGUGAACGCAUGAUAGCCAGGGACACAUCAGCUGGUUGAACAUGAAAAAUGAAAGUAGGAACGAGGAUAUAUGAGGAAUGGAAGCCGCUGACGGCUAGCAGAUAGUAAUAGAAUCCAAG